UACAGACAAUGACACCAUCAUUCCAGCGUUUCCACAGGGACGUACAGCUGUGAACCACACCAUGGCACAGACCAGGAUGAACCGCCUGAGGGAGGCAGCCACUCAGAAACUGGAAGCAGAUGUGUUUCAAAGGGUUUACGAUUACCUGAAGGUGGCAAGGAGGCAUGGCAUCAAAGAGGCAGAGGUCAAGGGACAUCUGGAGAAGUUGGGAGCCAAGCCAAGUGACUGUUUUGAAGUUGACCAACUUCUCUACUUUGAGGAGCAACUGCAGACCACUGCAGCAGCAGUUAAGCACUGAUGAUGGCCUUGAUUAAUUGUGCUUGCAGUUAAUGGUGUCCCAUCACCACACUAUUGGCAGAAUCACUUGAAAUCACAGUAUCGUAUUAACGAAAGCAACUUCACCUGUACAGAAUUAAAUCCAAAACUAAAUUUAAAAAAAAGAAAGCUGUAAAAUGCCAUUUCUACUUUAGGCAUUUGAUGAAAGAUUUUCAGCAAGUUCUUCAGAGUGCAUAACUUGUUUCUUUCCAUUACUUGUUCUCACAUUUAGUCAGAAUCUAGACACUAGGGUGAAGGCAAUGGCCUAGUGGUAUUAUUGCUGGACUGUUAAUCCAGAGAGCCAGAUAACAUCCUGGGGACCUGGGUUCAAAUCCCGCCACAGCAGAUGGCAGAUUCCAUAAAAUAUCUGGAAUUAAGAAUCUAAUGAUGACCAUGAAUCCAUUGUCAAUUGUCAGGAAAAAACCCAUCUGAUUCACUAAUGCUCUUUAGGGAAGGAAACUGCCAUCCUUACCUGGUCUGGCCUACAUGUGACUCCAGACCCACAGCAAUGUGGUUGAAUUUGAACUGCCCUCUGGGCAAUUAGGGACGGGCAACAAAUGCUGCUUGGUCGGCAAUGCCCUCAUCCUGUGAAUGAAUAAAUGAAAAAAGAACUAUGGAUGCUGGAGACCUGAGUUAAAAAUAACAGGAAUUGUUGGAAAAACUCAGCAGAGAUGUCUAUGGAAAGAGAAACAUAGUUAGCAUUUUGAGUCCAGCAUAACUCUUUUUCAGAAUCGUAAAAUCAUUGAAACAGCUACAUCUUUUUCAGUGAGCUGUAAAUGGAUUUGUAACUGUGUGUUAAUUUCAUUACUACUGAAAGCCACCUGCGAUGAUCCUGAAAACUCUAUCUGUUGAAUGCUAAAUUUCUAAAUUAUGAUAAAUCCCAUAUAAUUUAAAUUUUUCUGAUUGUAUAUGAUCUUUUAGCUUCUCCCUAAAUCUUAUGUGCAUGUGUCAAUCAUUUAUUCUGCCAUCUGUAAAAUGUAAGAAUUAAAAGGUGAAACUUG